CGUUAAUGCCUGAACAACGGCUACCCUCUUCACAUACGAAACGAAGAACAUGACCACUUGAGACACAAUUCCCAAUUUUCAAUGUAGUUUUGGGCCAUCAGCGGUGUAGUUAGCCCACUAAUGUAUUGAAAUGACUAUUUCACCUAUGUUUACAGCUGGAAUGUUCGCGGGACCAUGUGUUUGCCACCGGAAAAGGAUUUUCUAAAAUGGCGGCGGCGACACUUUUACGCCCCCUUGAUUGUACGACAUUGGAUUAAGGAUACGAUGGAAAAUUUAGAACUGAGCGUAUCAACACUGGCAACGAUAUGUAGCCGUAUGGAUGAAAGUCACAGCGGUCUAAGGCAGUUUCUCUCAAAAAAGAUAUGGUGUCAGCGGGAUAGACACUGUAUUCUAGAGUGCCUGGCCCAGCUGUUGUUGGAGAAAGAUUAUACACUGUUAAUUGCAAGACACUUGCGACCCAUUCUUCUGGACUUGCUGGAGCGGAAUGCUGAGAGGGUGAAGGCAAAUGGGAAGAUCAACCACGAUCUCCAUGAGCGCCUUUGUGUGGCCCUCAGCAAACUUCUUUGCAUUAGCCACGACGCUCAGGCGUUUUCUGCAAGUUACUUCAGUGAUAGUCCUCCAGUGUUUCAGAGACUCUUCUUUACCUGUGAAGAGGCAUCGACUGUUCACUAUGGUCCGAGACGAAUGAAACUGCGUGACCUUAUGGCUGCAACUCUUCGGUUCCUCAAGAAUGAUUGUGCCAAGUUUGAAAAGCUCUGGGAUUGGAGUCCAUGUGUUUCUCAAUUGCUCAUGACCGACGUCAUGGUUCGAUGGUAUACUGCUCAUUGUUUAGCACUGGUCUCUCAUAUGACUGACAAUCUGAAAAACAUCUUUUUGAGUAAAGUUCUGACAAAGGAUGAAAUUCUGCAAAUGAAAAUCAGAGCUUUUGAAGAAGUUCAACACAUGGUGAUUGAAAAAGCCCUGGUAUUAGCCAAUCAAGACUCAGCCUUAUGGAGCAAGGGAAAAAAGUGUACCCAGGGUCAGUUGGCAUCAGAGGACUUGUCUCAGAAUGUUGUGUCAAUUUGUGGCAUUUUGCUGUCUCGAAAUACUUCAAAACAAACUGAACAGGUUAAUGAUAGCGACAUAGUGCUGGUCAACUCAACCUGUCUCAAUCUGAAAAGACUAGCAUUGGCUGUGGCUUCACAGAAGCCUGUGCUUCUUGAGGGUCCCAUCGGAUGUGGUAAAACUGCUCUAGUGGAGUUUUUGGCUGCAUCUACCGGUCACACAAAAAGUACAAAGAUUCUAAAGGUCCAACUUGGGGAUCAAACAGACAGUAAGUUACUGCUGGGGAUGUACCGUUGCACUGAUAUACCAGGAAAGUUCAUAUGGCAACCAGGAACCCUGACAGAAGCUGUCUCUAAAGGACUGUGGAUUUUGUUGGAAGACAUUGAUCAUGCACCACUCGAUGUGAUAUCUGUACUACUUCCAUUGAUGGAAAAUAAAACAUUAAUGAUUCCAGGACGGGAGGAUUGCAUUGACAUAUCUCCAGGAUUUCAGUUCUUUGCAACAAGAAGAAUCAAUUUCGGUGGUGGCAAUUGGAACAAACCACUGAAUUCCAAUGCAACUUUGCUGGAUAAGUACUGGGCCAAGAUAGAGAUUGGUAACAUGACAAGGAAAGAAUUGAAAAUGGUGGUCAUGAGAAAGUAUCCAUCUCUGACAAUGGUGGCAGAUCGUCUCUUGGAUGUCUACUGUCAUCUUACUGGGGAAAGGCACUUAGAUCUCUCUUCCUCUCAAAGCCCAAUUGAAUACCAACAAUACAAAUCUGAGGAGAGUUCCACUUGGCUGGAGGGGAGAGCAUUGUCCUUAAGAGAUUUGCUGAAAUGGUGUGAGAGGAUCAGCCUCAACUUCAACAGCACUUCUUCAACCACCGCGCAGCAUGUGUUUCAAGAGGCCCAUGACUGCUUCACAGCAAUGAUGUCUCACCCUGAAAACCAACUGCAGAUGGCUGAGAUGAUUGGAAGCAAACUCAGUAUCUCCAAAGAAAAGGUGCAGUACUUCUGCCAGAUGUAUCAGCCCGCCAUCUCGUUGACUGAGCAUGAGGCCUUGGUUGGCAGAGUGACUCUCAUACGAAAGCAGACUGAAACGGUUCAUCUGAGUAUUGAUCACCAGACCUUUGCUGCCACUCGACCAGCUGCUGUUCUACUGGAGCGACUGGCUGUUUGUAUUGCUAAGCAGGAGCCUGUUCUAUUAGUGGGAGAGACGGGUACUGGAAAAACCACAACUGUACAACACCUGGCCAGAAUUACAGGACAUAAGUUGAUGGUUGUGAACAUGAAUCAACAGAGUGACACUGCUGACCUCCUUGGCGGGUACAAGCCAGUAGACCAGAAGCAGAUCUUACUCCCCCUGCGGGAGGCCUUUGAGGACCUGUUCUCACAGACUUACUCCAGGAAGCAAAACUUAACAUUUCUAGGUCAUGUGCAGACAUGCUUCAGGGAGAAGCGUUGGCACGACCUACUCAAACUCAUGGACCAUGUCUGCAAAUCCUUCCUCACUAAACAGUUGCAAGAAAGCCCAAAUGCUGGCUUACUCCAGGAGAAGUGGGACCUUAUGGCAAGGAAAAUCUGUCGGACUCGACAGCAGAUCCGAGCCUGUGAGACAGCCAUGAUCUUUGCUUUUGUUGAGGGAACAUUAGCGAAGGCACUGAAGAAGGGCUACUGGAUCUUGCUAGAUGAGAUAAAUCUAGCAGCAGCAGAGACUCUAGAGUGUUUGAGUGGACUGCUAGAAAGCAGUGCUGGAUCCCUUGUGCUGUUGGACCGUGGAGACUUCGAUGCCCUCAUUCGACACCCAGACUUCCGACUAUUUGCUUGCAUGAACCCAGCUACUGAUGUGGGUAAAAGAAACCUGCCUCUUGGCCUCAGGAACAGAUUCACUGAGCUAUAUGUAGAAGAGGUGGCUAAUGAGGGAGACUUACGAAUAUUGGUUUCAGAUUACCUCAAAAACCUGAAUCUUUCCAGGAGUGCCGUUGAUGGAAUCAUAAGUUUUUACCUGGCAGUAAGAAAAGAGGCCACAUCACAUCUUGUGGAUGGGAUAGGCAACAGACCCCACUACAGCCUGCGCACACUAUGUAGAGCACUUAAGUAUGUGGCAGCAAAUCCCUGCAGAGCUGUGCAGCGCUCACUUUAUGAGGGUUUCUGCCUCAGCUUUCUAACUCAGCUUGACAGGGUGUCUCAUCUCAUGGUCCAGAAAUUGGUUUGUCAGCACGUCCUGAAAGGGAACACCAAAUGUUUAAAUCAACCUAUUGUGGCUCCCUUGGGUCAAACUUGUGUGGCGGUUGAGGGCUACUGGGUGUCUCAGGGAAAGUUGGAGCCAACUCUGGAUCCCAACUACAUUCUCACAGCCUCAGUCAAACUCAACCUACGGGACCUUGCUAGAGUGGUUUCUGCAGGAACUCAUCCCGUGCUGAUCCAGGGGGAAACCUCUGUUGGGAAGACGAGUCUAAUCCACUGGCUGGCUGCAGCGACCGGUAACCAUUGUGUUAGAAUCAAUAACCACGACCACACAGACAUCCAGGAGUACGUAGGAUGCUAUUCCUCAAACGACAAGGGCAAACUGGUGUUCACAGAGGGGAUUUUGAUUGAUGCCAUGAGGAAAGGUUAUUGGAUCAUCCUUGAUGAAUUGAACCUAGCCCCCACUGAUGUUCUCGAAGCCCUAAACAGGCUGCUAGAUGACAACAGGGAGCUUUUUGUAGUUGAGACACAGGAAGUCGUCAAAGCUCACCCAAGAUUCAUGUUAUUUGCUACACAGAACCCCCCUGGUCUCUACGGGGGUAGAAAGGUUCUGUCCAGGGCAUUCAGGAACCGCUUUGUGGAGCUGCACUUUGAUGCACUACCCAGCCAAGAGCUGGAGACCAUCCUCCAUAAGAGGUGCAGCAUGCCUCUAUCGUACUGCAGCAAACUAGUCCAAGUUAUGACAGAUCUCCAGUCAUUGCGCAGAGGCUCCUCUGUGUUUGCAGGCAAACAUGGCUUCAUUACCCUCCGGGAUUUGUUCCGCUGGGCAGAGCGGUACAGAAUAGAAGAGCAGACUGAAGUCUCUAAGGACUGGCUUCAGCAUUUGGCUGAUGACGGAUACAUGUUGCUGGCAGGACGUGUUAGAAAGCCUGAGGAGGAAGCCACGAUCCUGUCCAUCCUGGAGAGGCACUUUAAGAGGACCGUAAGCCCCGAAAACCUGUUCUCUCUGAAACAGGUCAACAACGAGUUUAGUCCCUUAGUUGAUACUAUUGCUGGAGUUCCAGAGAAUUUUCACCAUAUUGUAUGGACACGCAGCAUGAGGAGGCUAGCUGUGCUAGUCGGACGAGCACUUCGCUUUGGGGAGUCUGUGCUGCUUGUUGGUGACACCGGGUGUGGAAAGACUACAAUAUGCCAGCUGUUUGCUGCCUUAACUGGGAAGAGGCUUUUCUAUGUUACCUGCCACCUACACAUGGAAACAACUGACUUCCUCGGUGGACUGCGACCUGUCAGACAUUCCCCUCAGGCUGAUGGUGAUAAAUGUGAGCUCUUUCAUUGGCAUGAUGGGCCCUUGGUUUUGGCCAUGAAAAAGGGUGGAGUGUUCCUCAUGGAUGAGAUCUCCUUGGCAGAUGACUCUGUUCUUGAGAGACUAAACAGUGUUUUAGAGGUGGAGAAGUCACUUGUUCUGGCUGAGAAAGGCAGUGGUGAUGACAAUGAUGUGGAGCUUAUCAGAGCUGCUGAAGGUUUCUGCUUGGUUGCCACUAUGAACCCUGGAGGAGACUUUGGAAAGAAGGAGCUUUCUCCUGCCCUCAGAAACCGUUUCACAGAGAUCUGGUGUCCACAAAGCAAUGGCCGUACUGACCUUAAUCAGAUCAUCCGACACAAUCUUUCUCCUGUCCUAUCACAAGAUGAUGGUGAUAUUGCAGACCUGAUCCUAGAUUUCAUAGAGUGGUUAACGCUUCAGGAUUUUGGCCGACACUGUAUCCUCAGUGUCAGAGACAUUCUUUCAUGGGUGAACUACCUCAAUGUUGUCUGUCAGCGGAAUGACAAAAAAAGUGGAACAGAGUGGGACCUCAAACAGGACACCAUUCAUGCGAUCAUCCACGGUGCAUGUCUGGUUUAUAUUGAUGGGAUUGGUUCAGGAGCCACUGUGUCCCGUUCCAACAACGCUACUAAGGCACGCGAGAUGUGCUUGGGCUUCUUGCACAAGCGACUGAGCAAACUGAAUAAACCAACUCAGGAGAUAAUUCAUGCACUCGGUAUUUAUGAUACCAGCCUUCUUGGAGCACCUCAAUGGGGCAAAGACUUCUUUGGCAUCAACCCCUUCUACAUUCCUUUAGGUCCUUUGACGGAGACCAAUAACCUGUCUGACUACACUAUUGCAGCGGGCACCACUGCACUGAAUGUCCAGAGGCUUUUGCGGGCUUUGAAACUUCGGAAGCCUGUUCUGCUGGAAGGAUCACCUGGUGUAGGGAAAACGAGUCUCGUAUCUGCACUCGCAAAAGCUUCUGGGAACCAUCUGGUCCGAAUCAAUUUGUCAGAGCAAACUGAUGUUCCAGACUUGUUUGGGGCGGAUCUACCUGUAGAUGGACAGAAGGGAGGAAAGUUUGCAUGGCGUGAUGGCCCACUUUUGGCUGCUUUGAAGAAAGGACAUUGGGUUCUCCUCGAUGAGCUGAACCUGGCAUCCCAAUCAGUGUUGGAAGGACUGAAUGCCUGCUUUGAUCACAGAGCAGAAAUCUUUAUUCCUGAGCUGGGCAUGACCUUCAAAGUGCAGCAAGAAAAGACCAAAAUUUUUGGCUGUCAGAACCCAUACACCCAAGGUGGUGGUCGUAAGGGGCUUCCCAAAUCUUUCCUAAACAGAUUCACACAGGUGUUUGUGGACCAGCUCACUACCAAGGACAUGGAGUUCAUUGGAGUUUCCAUUUUUCCAGCCAUUGAUAAAGAAAUCAUUUCUAGAAUGGUGCAGUUCAAUGACAAAAUUUUCUGUGAGGUGAGUGUUGAACGGCGUUGGGGUCAAAAAGGAACUCCCUGGGAAUUCAACCUGCGUGACAUAUUCCGCUGGUGUCAGCUAAUGCAGGCAGACCAGUCACCAGGAUUUUUCAACCCUGGCCAACAUGUGACUUUGGUGUAUGCAGACAAGAUGAGAACAGAGGCUGACAAGGCACAGGUGCUGAGUAUGUUCAAGAAAGUGUUUGGAGAAGAUUUUGAACCUUAUAUGGCUUCAGGAAAAUUUUACAUCACUCCAUUCAGCUUACAGGUGGGCUUCUCUGUCCUGCAGCGCAGUGGUGGAGCACCUGUUUGCUUAGAUCCUCCACUCUCCAUCACACAUCAAGCUUUGCGGCCUCUGGAGUCCCUGAUAAAAUGUGUUGAGAUGAACUGGAUGACCAUAUUGGUUGGGCCAGCAGGCAGUGGAAAGACCAGCCUGGUGAGACUACUUGCUCUCUUGUCAGGAAACCGCCUCAGAGUCAUGGCCAUGAACAGUGCCAUGGACACUACAGAGUUGCUUGGAGGCUUUGAGCAGGUGGAUAUCAUGCGUCCUUGGCAACAUGUUCUUCAAAGUGUGUACUACUUGGUUACCAUGGUAACAAGACAUGGCUUGAUGUCACUGGAUGUAGUCGGCCUCCAUGACACAGAGUUUCUGCUCCAGACAUGGGGUCGGUUUUGCCAAUGGCUUAGGGACGAGAAGGUGGGAAGCUCGAUGAGAAAACUGAACUCUGAGGCUCUAAACAAACUGGAAGUCAUCAUCUUCCUUUUGCAAAAACUGAACACAAAGCUCAAAGUGUUCACAGACAUGUCAAAGCUGAAACAGGACUUUAUGCUACUGAAGGAGCAAAUGUCCCAGCAGGAGGAUGGCUGGAGUAAUGGAGGAUUCGAGUGGUUAGAUGGAAUGCUAAUCCAAGCCCUGCACGCAGGAGAUUGGUUGCUCAUGGAUAAUGUUAACUUCUGCAGUGCCUCUGUUUUGGAUCGCCUCAAUGCCCUCCUAGAACCUGGUGGUUCUCUCACGAUCAAUGAACGUGGAGUAAUAGAUGGGAAGACCCCAAUAAUUACACCACACCCUAACUUCAGGUUGUUCCUGACAAUGGACCCUGUGCAUGGGGAGCUCUCCAGGGCUAUGAGAAACAGAGGGGUAGAGAUUUACAUCCCUGGGGAAAAUGACGGAAUCUCCUGGGACACACUGGAUUUAAAAACAUUGCUUCACACUGCAGGAGUGACUGGGGAUUCUGUGUGUAAUUUGCUAAUUGAAAUCCACAAAAGCAUCAAAUCUGCAUUAUGGGGUUCCCCUGUGUCAUCGGUUGCCUCAAUGUUCCAUGCUGCCACUCUGCUGUGCUCCCAGCUACAGAGAGGUGUGGAUUUGCCUAGUGCACUGCAGCAUGCCUGUCAAGAGGCUUACUCCUUCAGUCAGUGCACUACUGCCACCCAAAAGUUAACCCAGCAAGUGAUUGAGCAGCACCUGGCUAUUCUGGACACCAAGAACUGGGACACUGAAUUACUUUGUGCUGGAGUUUGGCCUGACAGCUUCCCUUCUGCAUUACUCUCCACUGAAGAUUCCUGUUUCUCAACUGUCCUCCGAGAUGGGCAGGUGUUGUCAUUUUGCCUCAACACCCUCAGCUUACAGGGUAAACGAAAUCGUCCACUAUGUCUGCGUGACCUGCAGAAUGCACUUCAGCACACUAGCUUCCAUGAAGAUCAGGUCUUCUUCGAAGCAGAGGAAAAUGUUAAGCAAGAUGUGCUGCAGCUGAUGCCAACAGCCGUCAGACUUGUCACUGAGUGUGCUUCUCAUGGAGACUGGGUCAUGCGCAGUUCCUGGCUCUCACAUCUGGAAAAGAGCUAUAGAUAUACUCCAGCUCUGGCUUUGGGUCAAGUUGAAGCAGGAAAUCGGGCUCUCAAGGCUGUUUUCAGUAGUGAACUUGCUGCUCAGGGCAAAUCCCUCACUGAACUUCUACAUCCAAACAUCAAUGAUGAGUACAGGAUUCUGGUGGACAUGCGUUGGAACAAGCAAUACUUGGACAUUUUAGCCAACAAGUGUAAUUUUGAGGAUGAGAAAAGAUAUGCAGGGUUUCUGGAAGCUCUGAAUGCAGUUGCCAACAGGAUUGCUCUUUUGAUGGACAGAGAAGAGAGAGCAGUAAUUUGCACCCAUACUAUCAACCCGACUGGUCAUAACUCUGCCCUGAGUAUAGCCACAGCCUUCUCCAAAGGGACAGUGGACAUUGGUCACCUGGCUCAUCCGGUACUGAUACAUCUACACACCUUCUUUGACCUUUGGGACUCCUUCAUUGUGCAAGCUGUGCACAGUGGCAAGGCUCAUAUCCCAGACCAUGUUAUGUUUGAGAUGUUGCAGCUCCUGCAGUGGCUUGAUCGUUUCUGGAACGUUUGCAACAAGAUGCCAGCAGAUACACAAGGGGUCUCUGUAAUGUCAAUGCACUGGCAGUGGGUACAGAAGCACCUCAUCCUCCAUCUGCCUCUCCUCCUGCUGGGAGACACUGAUGUCACAUUAGAAUGCUACAAGGAGCUUAAAGCAGUUGCCGAAACAAUUCAAACUCUUCUGUCCACUCCAGUGUCUGUAGCUUCGGCUCUGAAAAGCAUCCAGAGAACACUCGGGAAAUGUCUGCCAUUCAAGUUGGAGAUUGUUGCGAAAUGUGCAUCUCAGCUGAGAGUUUUGAGUAAAGCCCUGGAUGUGCGAGAGCUCACAUUUGAUGAGACAUUCAGUUCUUCGGAGCAGGAGCUAGUCUGUCUUCAGGUUGCUGGUCUACGUGUGGACAUUAAGGAAAGUCUUCUUGAAGCCUGGGGACUUGUUCUGCUGGCCAACAAUCAGCUGAAUACAGAAAAAUCUGAAAUAUUGGAGAGGUUGGUGUCAAUUGUGGAGCACCUACAGCACCAGAUGACUUCCAGUGGUCUCUCAGAGACCUGCAGCAUGUAUAAUGAGGUUGGACCAGCAGAAGGUUUCCUUCUGCCUCGAAAAGAACUACAGCACCUAAUCCGCAGGGCUCAGUUUUGGCCCCUGAUGGAGAAAGUGGCUGUCCUCAACCAGCUGAGACUCAGCACAGACAUAUUACAGCUGUCAUUUUCACAUAGUGACCAAGAAGCAUUGGAAACCUUGCACCUAGAACUUUCCAGCCAUAUUCACUAUUGCCUCCAAUCUACGCCAAUGAGUAUCUGUCAACUUCGGCCUCUCUGGUUCCUUCUCAGUUGUGAAAUGCCAGCUGAGGAGCUCCAGUUUGUGUGGUGUGAGCUGCUUUCUGAGGCUUUGGCUGCUCUGUGGAGGACUGGGACCACAUCUGACCCUGACCAUUGGUUGAAAUGGAAUCCACUCAAUCCUGAGAAAUAUCUUGAUUCAGAGCCCAAUUACGAAGCAAAAAAUAUGGGACCAGCUUUGCUAAAUAAAGCUAUGUGGUCCCAUUGCACACUGGGCGUACUCACUGGCAGUGCAACUGGUCGACAGUGGGAACCCUCAGGGAGUGUACUCCACCUUCUCUCACAUGUAACCCUAGGGGAGUGGAAGGAGCAAAUUCUGCAGCUUCAGGACUUGUCUUCAAUCUUGUGGGAUAAUAUGGCUUUACCAGCAGAAAACCUGAGAGAGACGGAUUUCAGGCUCCAGGGUGCUGUCCUACGUCGACAGUUACAGAGCAUGGCACACUUGUUACCUCUCAGUUUACAGGACAUUUAUAUGGAUAUGUGCGAGAACCUGGUUAAGGAAGCCAACCCGCUGAUUGCUGCUCAGGAGAUUCAUAGAAUUCUCAGCGAUUUCAUGCCCCCUAAAUUGUUCCCUGUUGGGGUGCUGGAUUCCUGUAUUGCUUGCUUGAAGCAAUAUGUUGAAAAUAGAAAUGAAGGCGCCAACUCUGUGCCCUGCGCCGGUGUGUUCUGGGUCCACAUGGGCUUGCUCCAUAUCAAAUUAUGGGCACCACAAACCAUGUUUGACCCAGCUGUCAAGAGGGCCUACAAACUCAACUAUGCCCAGCAGGAGUUAGCUCUUCUGCAGACUGAGUGGAAAGUGCGGAGCCUCUCCUCUGAGCUGAUGACAGGAGCAGUGUUGGAGGAGAGAAGUACCACUGAUGGUCUCCAACAUCCUCGAAUCAGGUAUCUCUGGAUCCGAAUGCAGCAGGUCAAGGCACAAAUAGCUGAGCUUUCCAGGAAGCAGGCUUUUCGUCCCCAAGAAGCUCACUAUGGAAAGUUAUUCCAGGACCUCCAGCACUACCUGUGCAGCAUCGGCCAGGCAUCAGCUGUGGAAGACCUUCUCUCACAUCUCCAAAGUGCUCUGCAGAGUUCGUUAUCCAGAUCAGCCAUCAGGGCUCUGCUGAAGGAGGAGACUGUAUGGCAGAAUUCUCAGCAGGGCUUCUGCCAGAGGCUGCAAGAGGACUAUGCUCUUUUCCCGGAUGUCAUCAUGCCAGUGCAGACUGGAAUCAUCCAGCUCCGAUAUGGCAUGAAGCUGGUGGCCUCACAAUUGACUGCCUCACUAUAUCAUGUGCCUGAACUUGACAAACUGUUGUCCUGCCUACUCUCCUUUCCCUCCGUGUCUGCCAGUCUGCAAUCCUACCUUGCCCAGGCUGAAUUCCUCUGUUCCAAAGAAAGCCUGGACAUUUUGAUUAGCCUUGGGCAGCUACUGUCGCAACAAGGCACCAUUCAGGUGGACCUGAAACCCUUCACAUUGCUACUCAAUGCUCUGCUUUAUGUGCAGUGCCACACACUAAGUACAGGACAAUUCAGUGAUGCAACACUAAGUACCUUUAGGCACAUCUGUCAGGCGCUAGUGAAUGAGUGGGAUCAGAUGGAGAAAAAGAAGAGAGACCGAGAACAACAAGAAGCCUGUCUGUACCGCAGCCGCAGUCAGCAGCAUGUUACAAGACUGACUGAUAUGCAGCAAGAGGAGAACGACUUCAGAUCUCAGUUCCCUCAGUUUGACCAGGACUUUGCAGACAUGUCUCUGUCAAGCCUGGAGGGCCCGAGAGAUGCGCUCUUGGAGGAUGGUGAUUCCAGGAAGGGGCUUGAUGAGCGCAGUUUGCUGUCAACUACUGCAACGAACACAUUAGUGCAAAUUCAUCAGCGCCUAUGUCAAGGUUUUGCCCAGUCAUUGUGGUACCAGAACAAAUCACCCAAAAUUCAAAGUACUGACUAUGUCAAGGCCCUAGUUUCUUCUUACCAAAUUGCUGCGCCCUUGAUUGCACACUUCUAUCAUCUGAUUGAUGCAGAACUAAACCAACAGCUUGCCGGCAGUGAGCUGCUGCUCUCAACUCUCCUCCAGAACACAGUAAAAGCCUUACCAGGAUCCGAUAUGCUGGUUCUCAUCUCAGAAGGGCCUUAUGACUUCUAUCAGGACCCCAAUAUAAGUGAGGCACGCCUCUGUCUUCCUGUCCUGGAACACAUGAGGAGUGCUGUAAAGCAGAGACUCAAAGACUGGCCAGAUCACCCAGUACUUGUGCAGCUUAUUGUGGUUAUUGAGAGGAUAAUGACUUUCAGCUUGUCCAGUCCUCUGGCAAAAUUCUUGAAUGGCCUCGAGAUACUACUGAGUAAAGCACAAGAUUGGGAGAAUAACACCAGUCGUGCAGUCUCCCUGCGGAACAACAUGACUUCAAUUACCCAGCUCAUUAUCAAGUGGCACAAACUGGAGCUAAAUUGUUGGUCAAGCAGUCUGGACAACGCUGUGAAGCGUCAUGCUGAGAAGUCCACUCAGCACUGGUUCUCCAUUUACCAGCUCUUGGCUAUGUAUUUGGAGGAUAAGAUGGUGAAUGCUGAUACAGGUAAGGAGAUGGGAAGUAUGUCCUUGUCUUCAUUGUCCUCCAACCUCCAGGCCUUCAUGGAAUGUUCUAGCCUGGGCGAGUUCAAUGCCCGCUUAGGAAUGUUACUCAGCUUUCACUGUCAUCUCCUUUUGCUCCCCACUCAGCCUGGACAAGCUGCUUUGUCUAAUCUUCUGUGGAAUCUGCACAAAUAUUACAGUCAAUUUUCAGACUGUAUUCAGAACAAAGUUAGAGAGCUCAGACAACCGAUUGAGAAAGAUCUGAAGGAUUUUGUCAAGAUCUCUAAGUGGAAUGAUGUUAGUUUUUGGUCUAUCAAGCAAUCAGUGGAAAAGUCACAUCGGACCCUGUUCAAGUAUGUCAAAAAGUUUGAGGAAAUCCUGAAUGGUCCGUGUGUUCUUGUUCUGGUAGAACAGAAAAUCAGUGGCUUCGUCAGUAAUUCUGAUACAAAUCCAAAGGAAACACCCAUUCGGCGGAUUCAUCAGGCACUCAAGCAAGCUCUGCCAAGAAAGAAUAGAGAAGAGCAGAACAAAGGACCAGAUGAGGGAGUCACAUUGGGGAAUCUGCAAGGACGUCUGCCUCUUCUGGCCAGAAAGAUGGAGAGAGUAUGUGUCCAACUCCUAAAGAAACACCCAACCCUGGAGUUGACUGAAGAUCUGGAGUUCUUCACUGGCGAAGUCUUCAGAAAUCUGAAUGACUUGCAGGGCCUCACCAUUGACAUGUCUUCAGAAAAAGAGAAACAGAUGGCUCAGGUGAAACACAUCCUACAGCAAAAACAGAGAGCUCUGUCAGACCUAUUCAAAAUACUCACAGAAAUAGGUCUGUCAUACCGUAAAGGGUUGGUAUGGAGCAAGACAUCUGGACAAGAAGAAACCCUCUGCAUACACCCUCUGGAUAUCAGCGCCGCUUUAUCUCCUUUAAUGAACUUUGAGUCAGCUGAGACCACGUUGAUGUCAGAGUUGCUGAGCACAUGGGAUGGAUGUCAGCAUUACUUUUACCGAUCAUGGGCUAGGAUGAAUGCACUGCAGUUAGCGCUCCAGCAUGCUAAAAAAGAACUGGGUCUGGGAAACAUCGAGCGAUGCAAAGGUUUUUCAUCUCAUCUCUUCAACCUGCUCCUCAGACAGAGGCAACGACUAGCCAAGCUGACUGAGCAGUGGGUCCAUUUCAGGAAGCUCAGAAGCACCAUUCAAGAUAUCAAGGAUCAAUUGAAAAGUCAAAUAGAAGACACAAAUUGCACACUCCUACCUCAGGCGCCUUUGUAUGGUUGGGUCAACAAAGGGCAGGCCCUCGCUGCUCAAUUUUCUGUCCUCCUGCAGCAGCUUACGUGGCUGCUGCAGUGUUGCCCUGAAGGCCUUCACCUGCAGGAGGAGGAGAAUUCCAAGUUCUGGCAGUACUCUAUGAUAUGCACAUCUCCAAUAGCACCUCAGCAUCAGUCCCCUGUAUGCCAGAUGCGGAAAAGAGAUGCUACAUGGAGGCAACUCAACCACCAUUUGGCUGCAAUGUUGGAGAAAAUAAUGUACUUUAAGAACGAACUUCACAAAAUAGCACAGCAGAGCUCAGAGGGAGUACUUCUAACAAGGAAGCAUUUUGUUAAAUGCUGUUCGGCUUUUGAUCAGCUCGCAACUGUGGUUUCUCAGCUGUGUGAUAUUGAACAUCUGUUCAUGCCAGCCAGAUGUGUCAACAGCAAAAAUCCUACGCCAGCUAUCAUCCAGAGCUUACAGUUUGUUAGGGAAGAGGCAAUGAAAAACAUCACUGAAUUUAUCAUGUGGAAGACCCAGCUCUCAUUUAUACAACCUACUUCAGAUGACCAAUCACCAUUUUGUUGUGAGUUUUCUGCUGGGCUGGAGGCAAAUAUUAACAGUUUGUUGUGUGCUGUCCAGACUCUUGUAAAGAGAAGGGAAAACAAUGACAAAAAAGCUCAGAAAGCUGACCAGAAAGGUCCAAUAAAUGACAACGAAGAGGUUGUAAAAGACUUACUGAAGCCUAAACACUUCACACAUCACCUGGAGGAGGAGCUCGCAGCUGAUGUGGAGGCUCUGUGUGUGGGAGAUGUGAACACUAGGAUGGAUGGGCUCCUGCACUGCAUAAAAAUGCACACAAACUUCUCUCACCCCCUGAAGCUCUGGGAGGUAAACAGAGCAUGUAGGAUGCUGGUUCGUGUGGAGCCGCUGCUGGGGAUUUACUCUGACCUCAUUCUUUUCUUCCUGUCUGUGUCAGUGGCAGUGCACAGGGGCACUGGGAAACUGUUGUCAGUAUUGGCUAACAUCUUCACUGACCUCGCUCAAAAGGGGUUCUGCCUGCCCCAGGAAACUGGUACUGGAGAAGGUCAAAGUGCCACUGAGUUUCAUGAUUAUGAGGGUUCUGGAAUCGGUCAAGGCGAGGGUACUAAGGAUGUCAGUGACACUAUUGAGAGUGAAGAUCAGGUGGAGGACACUUUGGUGGGGGGUCAGGAGAAAGAACAUCAAAAUGACGAAAAAAUUAAAGCAGAAGACAAUGCUGUUGAGAUGUCAGAGGACUUUGAUGGCCCAACACAUGAUGGGGAGGAGGAGGAUGCUGAUGCAGAUGAAUUGGAUCAUGAGAGUGAACAGGAGUUGGAUAAAAAAAUGGGUGAUUUGGGUGAUGGACAGACUGACACUCUUGAUGAGAGAAUGUGGGGAGGUGAUGAUGAGGACGAUGAAGAUGACGAAGCAAAUGAUCAAGAGGAGGAGUCUGGCAAAGGCAUGGACCAGGGUGAAUCUGUAUUAGCUCCAAAGGAAGACAAUUUGGAUGCUGCAGAGCCCACCAAAAAAAAACAGGACAGUGAUGACGAGAUGGAUGGUGAGGAGAAAGACAAAAUCAACGAACAAAGAGAUGAGAGGGAGCUUGACAACAAUGAAGUGGACCCUUAUCACGGCCAGCAGGAUAAGAGACCUGAACCUGACGCUGUUAAUCUACCUGAGGAUCUUAACCUGGACCAGGAUGAUGACAUGGUAGACGAUCAAGAAGGUGAUGUGGAAUCUCCAUUUGACAUUGAUGAGGAAGCCAUCAAUGCAGACUGCGACCAAGAUGAACAAAAAGAGGGAGAUGAGAUGGAGGGAGAAGAGGGAGCGGAGAAAGACACGUCAAACCAGAAAGAAGAUGAUGAUGGAGAACCGGAGCCCAAGACUGAAACAGAAGAGAGUGGAGACGAAGUACCAACAGAAGAUUCAAAACAAGAUGAGAAUCCCUCUGGUCCAACAAAGGAAGGAACCAAGCCUAAGGAAGAGGUUUCUGAUGGGAUGGAUGACAUUGACGGUCAGCCAAAGUUAGCUCAGAGAAAAGAACACAGCACUGAUGGGCUAACUGGUGAGGAGAAUUUCCAGAGUGAAACUGCUGUGGAGCUGGCUGGAGAGGCUUCAGAGAGAGAGAAUGCAAAAGAGGAGCAUGGGAAUGGAGCAGCUGAUGCCAACGAAUCAGCAGGCCACCAGUCAAAGCUGACUGCAAGGAUGGCUACACAGAACAGCACUCAGAACUUUAAAAGAAAACCUGGACAAGCAGACAAUGAACGUUCAACAGGUGACAACAAUGAACUCAUUAACAAGCGUCUUCGUACGCUGGAGAGCACCCGUGACCAGCCACACGACAGCAGGCAACAUGACAUCCGACAAGAGUCUGACCUGUACGAACACGUCAAUGAACAGGACAUGGCCUAUGAUUGCCAAACAUAUGAUGUUGCUAAUGCAAAUCAGGAGGUCGUAGGACCUCAACAAGUCAAGGAAGAAACCCUGGAUGAGGAAGAUCCUUCAAUGGAAAUAGAGCACCAAGAUGAGGACUUUAAAGCUGGUGAGGUCCAGGAGCUGAACUAUAAGCAGCUGGAUAGAAAAGAGGCCAUGCAGCAGCAAGAUGUAGAAAAUGGAGAGAGACAUCCACAGGGGCAAGAAAAAGACGAUGAAUGGAAGGAUAGUGGGCAUUCCGGAGAUGGAGAAAAAGCAGAGAGAAAAUCACAAUCAACCUUUCACACAGUUCCUGAGCUGCUCAUCGACACAUUGCAGAAUUUAGAGAGAGAGCCAGGGGAUAUGAGGAGGGAGAUGGAGGAACAGUUAUCAAUGUGGCACAAUCUGACUCCAGGGACACAGGAGGAGGAGAGUUCAGCAGCAUACAUGUGGCACCAGUACCAGACAAUGACCCACCUUCUAUCCCAACAACUGUCUGAACAGCUACGCCUUAUUCUGGAACCAACGCAAGCUGCAAAACUCAAAGGUGACUAUCGUACAGGAAAACGUCUCAACAUGAGAAAAGUGAUUCCGUACAUUGCCAGUCAGUUUCGCAAGGACAAGAUAUGGUUGAGGAGGACCAAGCCCAAUAAAAGAGAUUACCAGAUUUGCCUGGCUCUGGAUGACUCUUCCAGUAUGGGGGACAACCACUCAAAACAGCUGGCAUUUGAAUCCCUGUCAGUGAUUGUCAAUGCGCUCACUCUGCUGGAAGUUGGACAAGUGUCUGUUUACAGUUUUGGUGAACAGGUCCAGCUUCUCCACCCGUUCCGGCAGCAAUUCACUGAUCAUUCUGGAGCUCAGAUUCUCCGAUUGUGUAAAUUCCAGCAAAAGAAGACCAGAAUAGCUCAGUUUCUUGAGUGUGCAACCGAGAUGUUUCUUGCAGCACGAAAGCAGGUUUUCAGAUUGACAAAUUCAGAGACAGCCCAGCUGCUGAUCAUCGUCUCAGAUGGUAGGGGACUAUUCCUGGAAGGCAAAGAGCGAGUGAUGGCAGCAAUACAGGCAGCACGCAGUGCAAAUGUGUUCAUCAUAUUUGUGGCGCUUGACAGUCCCAACUCGUGGGACUCGAUCGUGGACAUCAAGGUACCAGUAUUUCACGGGCCGGGAGAGCUACCAGAGAUUCGCUCUUACAUGGAGGAGUUCCCGUUCCCCUUCUACAUUAUCCUGCGUGAUAUCAAUACCUUGCCAGAGACCCUGAGUGAUGCACUUAGGCAGUGGUUUGAACUUGUCACAACAGUCUCCAAGUGACUUUUUUUUUUUCUUUGCAAUUAUAUUUUUAACAAGUCAGACUGCAUUACCGUAAUGCAUCACUGGUUUGCUAGGGGAAAAAAUGACUUGCUGCUAUAAAUGUGCAUUUUCAUAAAUACUAUGUCAAUAUACUCAAAAUUAUUGUGGAGAUGGAAAUGUAUUAAUUUUAAUGUUGGCCUUUUUCUGAGACACUAUAAAACAUUGGUCUUUUAGCCAUGAUUCAAUUAACUGUCUCAUUGGGUAUGAAAUAGGAAUAUGACAAUUUUUUUGUGUGAAACUCCUUGGUGAAGUCCAUUAAUAUAUAUUGUACUCUCUCUGUUUUAAUUUAAGUGAAAGUAAUGAACAAUCUUUGUGAACAUAAACUGUCUCAAGAUGA